UUUGCACGUAAAUGAUUCUAGUUAUCAAUUAAAAUCAUUACCUUCGGUAUACAUUAUUCAGUUGAAAAUGAUUAUUUUCUAGGUAUUUUGUAUUAUUCUAGAGUUGUAUCGUAAUUACUGUGUAAAACAAUAUUGUUGAUCGAUAGUAAGUUACCCUAACUUCGUCUGUUCUUUUCGAAUCGAUAAAGACAAACGUUUCGGGAACAAUGCUUUAGAAAAUUAAUCUUUGGUAAAGGGAAAAUGGAGGAAAUUUGAUUAUGAAUAUUGUCAACCGAGGACGUGAAUGAACAAGAGAAGAUGCCUGGCCACCGUCAGCCUAACUCCCUAGAGGGACUUAGUUUGGGACGUGUGUGUCAACAACUCGACGGGACGUGCCGAAGGCUACAGGUGCUUUCACAAGAGUCAUCAGCAGCACAAGUUUUGGCUUAUGCGAAGCAGACUAUCAGGCCAUAUUACAUAAAUGCUCUGCCAGCUUGUUUACGGUCUCAAGUUAUAGAAGAAACUUCAAAAAUGUUAUAUGGACCUGCAUCUGAUGGAUCAACUUUAAUAUCUGGACCAGCACCCUUAUAUCUAUUAGCCCUCCUGCUAGGACACGAUAUAAAGCAGUUGAAAGUGUAUCUGUGUUGCUACUAUGGAUGUAGUCAUCAGACAUCAUUGUUAAAGCUGCUCGCAUCUGAAGGAAUUGGACUUGAAUCUUUGAAACUGGCUCGUUCUGCUUUGCUUAGAUUAGACUGUAAACUACUGAAAUCUGCUCUUAUGAAUAUGAAAAAUCUGAUAAGUCUAUCUCUUCGUAACAUAGCCAGUGAUGCUGUACUUCAAGUAGUGGGAAAAGCUUGUCCAAAACUAGUUGUUCUGGAUGUUGCUUGUUCCAGACAAGUCACAGAUGUAGGAUUGAAGCAAUUACUGUUGCAAGUAGAACUCAGAGACAAAGUGCCUCAUGCUGCUAUGCAAGAACCCACUAGUUGGUCCCGUUUAAAAAUAUUAUUGUCAAAAUUGAAGAUGAGGAAUUCAAAAUCGGAGAAAAAAGAAAAGCAAGGAGUAUUGUUGGAAUAUUAUGAAAGUAGAAACCUUCUCUGUGAUACACUCAGAGUACUUAAUGUUGCUAAUACUGGAGUGACCAGUGCAGGAGUAUUGUUAGCUUUGGUGCAUGUGCCAAGAUUAGAGUCCUUGGCAGAAUAUUGUCACAUGGGAAGAGUAGUGGAAAUUAUGAACAAAAGACUGAUUGAAUUUAAAACUCCAUUUAGUUUGACUCAGGCAAGAAGUUGUAGAACUACACCAGUUCGUUUGGAACUUUUGGCACAAGCGUGUCCAAAAGUGGAAAAAUUACAUAUCUCAGAGCCUCAUCAUCCCCCUGAAGCAUUAAGACUAUUUCCCUAUGUUACCUCCCUAAGUGUGCGCAAUAUUCCAUCUCAAGGAGAAUGGCUAGAUGGGUUCUAUGAAUAUCUUCGUACAAACGGUCACAAUUUACACGAACUCAAUCUCAGAAUAACUCAAAACGAAAAUCCUAUUCAAGUGGACCUAAAAGAAAUAUUUAGCAGCUGUUGUAACCUUAGAAUAUUUACUAGUGAUGGUUCCAAUAUAACUUGGAAAGAAGGAAAUGAUCCACCCCCACUCAAAUAUUUAAAAAGAAUUAAACUGGGACGGAUAGUGAGUGCUGUUGCCAUUACCAAAAUCCUUUCGUUAGCACCAGAAUUAACAGCAUUACAUGUUCACAGUUGCUAUGAUUUGACAAAUGAACACUUAGAAAAAUUAUUGAAUGUAUCCGCAAAACCAAAAAAUCCACGAAAGUCUGAUAAAUGUGAAAAUAGUCUAGUACAAAAUUUAACAUGCUUUUACAUAUACGAAGCUAGUAAAGUGUCUGCAACUACUGUGCUAAAUAUGUUUCAAAACUGCAAGAGAUUAAGAAAAAUUGGAAAUUUAGCCAAUUGGGGCUUAGACUGUGAAGGUAUUAGGAUGUUGAGAACAACACUGAUCCGGACAAAUUUGGAUGUGGAUUUGUGCCCAGGAGAACAUUGGUUUUGGAGUAACUGUAUCCAGUGAUAUAUUUUUCACAUUUCUAUACUAAUAGAAACAGUUAUAAAAAUGUUGAGUCUAUGACAAAAAUAGACUGCUGUUACAUUUGAAUCUAUUACACUCUAAUAGACUGUAAAAUUGUCAGUAUUAAAAGUUAUCUUAAUAAACAUAGAACAAUUUAUAUUUCGGAAAAUUCAAAGAAACAUUUAUCGCAUAUUAAAUGAACAUGCACACAAAGAACUAGCAACAGUAAUUGGUCAUCUAAUUAAGUCAGAAUCAAUUUAUUUGCAUAAUUAUACAUACACUUAUAAGCACUGAAGUACUAUGCAAUAAUAAUGUACUGAAUAUAAUAUAAAGAAAGGAAAAGUAUAUUUUUAUGCCAUGUUAAACAACUUACUCCACAGUAAUGUACUGUUCUAACAAAUAAAUCAAAGUAUAUAACAAUAAGCUACUAUGCAAGUUCUUAUAUUACUAGUACCAUUGUCUAUCCGUCUAACGAAUGCCAGUAAUUAAGCAGAUUCGUAAAGUGUAAACUGUACAACUAUUUUUUAAUUAUCUAAUAAUAAGUACUUAAAACUUCAAAGCAAGGAAAAGAAAAUGUUAAUUUGUAUUAUAAAAAAUGAUUAACUGCAAUGCAAAUUUUAUAUAUAUAUAUAUAUAAAUAUAUUCAUAUUGAAUUAAAAAUUAUACAGCACAGACUAUGCAUGUAUAUUGCGGGUUCUGAUUACA